AAAAGGCAGAUCUCGGGUCAGUGAGGACAGGGCAGACUUUCGGUUUGGAUUAAUUCACAGAAAACCCCGGCGUACGUUCUUCGUGAUUAUCUUUCCUAUCAACGCGGAUGUCCACCCUCCAGGAGAGGAUAUGUACCAGGGCAUAAUGACUACCAACCACGGACCCCCUUCCUAUGAGGCCGGAUUUCUGCACAAUGCCUCGGCGGGCACCUCUCCGGUUUACGUGCCCACCACCCGGGUCGUCACCCCCAUGAUCCCGGCGCUGCCUUACCUCCAGACGCCCGGUGCAUCGCAGCAAAGCAGCCCCGUGUCGAGCCACUCUGCCUGGGCUCAGCCGGGCGCCGAGUCGGUCCCUUCGUACAACCACUCCCCGGUGUCUCCCCGAUUCACCUUCUCCACCAGCCCGCCCCUAUCAUCCGGCGUGGCCACGGCCAGGGAGACGGCGGCCUCCUACUCCAGCCCACUCAACAUCUCCGCCAACGGGAGGGAGCACUACGGAGCCCGGGGCCUGAGCGGCUCCUAUCACAGCCCCUACACGGCCUACAUGAGCCCGAACGUGGGCGGGACAUGGCCGGCGUCCGCCUUCGACAGCCCCGUCCUGCACGGUCUGCAAGCAGGGGCGCCUCCAGGCACCACACGGCACCCAAACAUAGACCUCUUUGAUGACUUUGCUGAGGGGCGAGAGUGUGUGAACUGUGGGGCGAUGUCGACCCCCCUGUGGAGGCGGGAUGGUACGGGCCACUACCUUUGUAAUGCCUGUGGGCUGUACCACAAGAUGAACGGCAUCAACAGACCUCUCAUCAAGCCUCAAAGGCGACUGUCAGCAUCAAGAAGGGUGGGCCUGUCCUGCACCAACUGUCACACCACCACCACCACCCUGUGGCGACGAAACGCUGAGGGAGAGCCUGUGUGCAACGCCUGUGGCCUCUACAUGAAACUCCAUGGGGUCCCACGACCCCUGGCUAUGAAGAAGGAAGGGAUCCAGACCCGCAAACGUAAACCUAAGAACCUCAACAAGUCCCAAACUGGGCCUCCCGGUGGUGAGGGGACUCCCACCACACCAAACAGCACUCCUCGUGCCCCCCCCACCUCAGAGGAGCCCCGCCAGAUAAAGACAGAGCCAGACACGACCAGCCUGUACACACACCACAGCACACACGCACAGAUUUCAGCCUUGCCAGCCUACAUGGCAGCUCAAGGAGGCGCCAUUCCUCUCAAGAUGUCCCCUGGCAGCCACAGCCACAGCGGCUCGUCCAGCUCUAAAUCUGAGCCCUGGAACAACCUAAUCCUGGCCUAGAAAACCUAUAACCCGACAUCUCACCUCCAGCUAUACAUAGGCAUAAAACUCUCCUGAGAGACGAGGUCAUCCCGAAAGCCCCCCCCCUGCUCUGGCUGUGAGAUUAUAACCAAAGCCACUUAUAUGCACAGCAUAGUGCCUUACAUUUCACAGGUCUGGGAUGAAAAUGUGGAAGCCAGCACAGAACUGGAGACCCUUAACAGUGCCACACAGGUUUGAAGAUCAGCUAAUAUGAAAAAUCAUAGCAAUCAUGGACUGAAUGAAGUUCAUGUUUCAGAAUGAUUCAUUAGCAACACUGUGAUUCGAUCAGAAAUUACACCAGGAAAGAGGAACCUGUGGGUUCUCUUGUCCAUUCUGCCAUGCCACUGCAGGGACUUAAGGUGCUGGAGAGAUACUGUGCCAUAACCCAAUGACUAAAAAACAGAUUUGAUUUCCGUGAGCCAGGUUCUGCUUUGCUAAUUCACUAGUAUUGUCUUUUGUUUUGAAUCAUUUGCAUGUCCUUAUUUACAGUUAGCCAAAGAAAUGAGCACCAUGGGAUGUAGAGAAUCACAGGAGGCCUUUAUCUUGAAGCUAGCGCUUUAAGUAGUUCUCAUCAUUCAGAUUUGCCAGUCCAAUAUCAUGGAUGUUUGAAAAUUUUUGAUAAAAUUUUUGAUAUCCAUAAGUGCAAGAUAAGCUAAGCAGGAGCACUUCUAGUAAGUGGAGAGAAUUACUCGAUAUCCAUCACUCCUAAGACUAGCUAUGACAUGGCGUAUAGAUAAAAUAUAUAUCUAUAUCUGUAUCUAUACCUAUUUCGAUAGAUAGAUUGACAGUUAUAUAGAUAUAGAUAUAGAUAUAUAGAUGUACAUGACUGAUAUAUAUGACUCAGUGCACAGGUACAGUUCCCUGGUGGCCUAUUACCCUUACUGUGCCUGUAUACUGUAAGCUAUUUUCCUUUUGAUUUACAGUAUAGCAAAUAUAUUUCAGUACUGACAUCUCUUUGACUGACACAUAAUUAUGAUAAACUACCUAUACAGCUAGUAAGUUGCACAAGAUAAAUGUGAUGCUGAUGCAAUUACCUGCACAUAUCUCCCUGCCCUGUGCUAACAAGUGCAGGUAUGCAUCCAGAGAAUUCACCUCCCUGACUUUUUGUAAAAAAAAAAAAAAAAAAAGAAAAGAAA